AUGAAAAGACUCUUUAUCGGACAUACUGCAAAGCCUGUGGAGUCAACAAUAACAUUUACAGCCAUCCCUAAUGAGUUGAAAUGUGUUUAUGAUAUUGAAGAUAUUGUUUAUGCCAUAAAUAAUCAAAAUCAACAAGAUUCGGAAUUGAAAUUAUUAGAAUUACUAAAUAAUCGCACAGAUCUUGUUAAUUAUACCUUAAACUGUAUAAUAAAUGCUGCGACAAAAGCUCCCAAAUAUAUUUUUGAUUUAAUUUCGAUAUUUGAAAAUAUAUGUAAAGCCUAUAAUUCUAAAAAGAAACUUGAAAUUGAUCCCCUUCUCAUUCCUGAAAACGAUUCCGUUUGGGAAAACAUUCUUUAUGAUGAUGUUGAUAAGUUACAAGUAAAAAUUGCCAUUCCAGAAUUUGAUUUCAAUCAAAGAAACCGCGCAGAUCAAACGCUCAUUGAUUAUAGUGCAUCAUGUGGUUCAAUCCAAUGUUUCAAGAUUCUCCUAUUACAUAACUGUAGAGUUGGAAGAAGAACUGCAGAAGGUGCUAUUCAUAGUGGAAAUUACGAGAUCAUUAGAAUUUUGGAGCAAAAAUCAAUUAAAUUCGAUAAUUGCUUAGGUAUUGCCCUUGAGAACAGAAGGAAUGAUAUUGCAGACUGGUUGUACGAGAAUUAUCCGGUUGAAAGAGUAACAAUUUCCGAAUGUAUUCAGUACAAUAACCUGCAGGCGUUCUCUUUCUAUUUGAAGAAUGAUUACAGUUUAAUAGAGACUUACAAUUCAUAUUCAUGCUUAGGAAUUAGUGUUGAGACAGAAAACAUUGAUUUAAUCAAGUUCAUAUUGCCAAAAGGUGUAGAAAUUAAUCUUGGGAAAAUUUCUGGAGGAAUUCAAUAUUAUUUUUAA